AUGGCUGAAGAAGAAAGAAUCGAAGAUCAACCAACCAAAAACCAGAAUGGAGGCACCAACAAUAAUGCUGAUCCAUCCUCAAAUCCUUAUUAUCUCCACCCAGGAGAGAAUCCAGGUGCCAUUAUUGCUACUCCAAGUCUCGAUGGGACAAAUUAUCACACAUGGUACAGAAACAUGAAGAGGGCACUCCAAUCAAAGAAUAAAUUCAAGUUUGUAGAUGGAAGCAUCAAGAACCCAGGAACUUCACAUCAUCUUUAUGAUUCUUGGGUCAGAUGUAACACCACUGUUUUUGGGUGGAUCACAAGAACCCUGUCACAAGAAAUAGCUCAAAGUAUAGUCUAUUUUGAGAGUGCACAAGAUUUAUGGGAAGAUCUCAAGGACAGAUUCUCCAAGGGUGAUUACUUUAGAAUCUCUGACCUUCUUCAAGAAAUUCAUUCCAUUAAACAAGGUGAUAGAUCUGUGUCUACAUAUCACACUGAAUUGAAGACUCUACGGGAGGAAUUGGAAGUCCUCAGAGAAACACCUUCCUGCACAUGCAACGUCAAAUGCAGCUGCAAAUUUGCUAGCACUGUAAAAAGGAAUAAAGAAGUUGAGUAUGUUAUUUGA